CACUCUUUUUCAAGUGUUUUACUCCACUAGCCAGCACCUCAUCUAAACAGGUGUGCAUUUCUUUUGCCUCCAAGUCAGUCAUGUAGACAUUUUCUGUGUGUCUGUAGACUAUUCUGCCUCACUGAAUUUUAAUCAGUUAUCCAUCAAGAGGACAUAUCAUGCAUCAGAUCAGAUUCCUGGUUUCCAGAUGCAUCACACACGUUUCUUGAUUCCAACAGAUAGUCGUCCGACUGCCACACUGAGUUCUGACAAAGAGGACGUAUUCACAGGAGACAGAGUGACACUGAGCUGUACUGUAGAGUCUCCUGGAUGGAUGUUUUACUGGUACAAACACAGACCAGACUCUACACCAGUAACCACAACCUCUGGAUACUCCUACACACUCAGAUGGGUCAGUGUCUCUGAUGGAGGACAGUACUGGUGCAGAGCUGGGAGAGGAGACCCAGUCUACUACACCCUGUACAGUGACCCAGUCCAGUUAAACAUUACUGAGAGGCCUGUUGCUGUUCUGACCCUCCAACCCAACUGGACCCAGAUAUUCAGUGGAGAGACUGUUACUAUGAGAUGUGACAUACAGGGAGGAGGAGACACUGACUGGAACUACAGAUGGUAUAAGAAUAGUCCGGUAGGGAUCCUAUUUAACACAAAGCCUGAGUACAGAAUCAGUCCUGUCUACUGGUCUAACAGUGGUUCAUAUACCUGUGAGGGUGUAAAGGGAAGCAAGCUCUCCAUGACCAGUGAUGCUGUACAACUGACUGUGUCUGAUCAACCCAAGGCUGUCCUGAGUAUCUUUCCUCAGUGGAUGAACCCUGGAGACUCAGUGAUGCUGAGCUGUGAAGUUGACAAGACUUCUACAGACUGGAGGUUCUCCUGGUACAGGACUGUUCCCUACAGAGCUGGGUUACCCUCCCUAUCAGACAAGUCUUACUCUCUACAGCCCCUAUCUGACAAUGUGACUACUGAAGACUCCUACACUCUGAUCCCUGCUGGUCCUACUCCCACAGGAGGAUAUGUGUGUAGAGCUGGGAGAGGAGACCCAGUCUAUGACACACUCUACAGUGAACCUCAGUUUCUCUGGUCAGGAGAUCUGCAGCCUUCAGUGUCUCUUACAGUAAAUCCCAACACAACUCAACACUUUACAUCAACGUCUCUCUCACUGAGCUGUGAGGAGAAGGGGAACUCUACUGGAUGGAGACUGAUGAGCUACAGAGAGAGAAGAGUGAAGUCGGGGUGUGUCUCUAACUGGGGAUCAAUAGCAGGGUCUACAUGUACCAUCAUCUACACAUACACAUGGUACAGUGGAGUGUUCUGGUGUGAGUCUGGAUCAGGAGAGUACAGUAAUGCUGUCAACAUCACAGUAAAUGAUGGUGAUGUGAUCCUUGAGAGCCCUGUCCAUCCUGUGACUGAAAGAGACUCUGUGACUCUGUGCUGUAAAUACUGGACACUCAAAUCAAACUUCAAGGCUGAUUUCUACAAAAACGGAGUACUCAUCAAGAAUGAGACCACAGGAGAGAUGACCAUCCCUACAGUAUCCAAGUCAGAUGAAGGAUUCUAUAAGUGUAAAUCUGGUGAAGGAGAAUCACCAGAGAGCUGGGUGACAGUGAGAGUCUCUCCAGUCGUAUCUCCUGGAUCCUCUGCAUCAGUCCUAGUAGGAGUGGUUGUGGGUCUGCUUGUUGCUGGUGUCCUACUGGUCAUUCUCCUGGUCCUGCUGGUGAGAUAUCAAAACAGCAAAGGUUCCAACAGAAUAUUCUGGCCCCCUCAGCCCCAGAGCACCAACCAUGACCCCCAACAGGACCAAGGAUCUGGGUAUACACAUCAGCAGCAUGGUGACGCUAACAUCUACGAUACGAUCAAUUCCUCAGACAACAAUGAUAAUGAUGUUACUGGUGCUUCUGCUGCUGGACCAAGUCAUGUGACUUACGUCCAGAUUCAACUGAAAAAGUUGGACAACAAAAAGAAAGAAAAACUAGCUGAUCCAGUCUACUCUGUGGUGAAAAUAGGCAAAGCGACAGCAGCUGGACCUGAUGAUGUCACCUAUGCUGAGGUGGACCUCAAAAACAAGGCCAAAGCCAAGAAGAAGAGAGCAGGAGCUGCAUCUGUUGAUGUGACCUAUGCUGAGGUUGACCUCCAAAGAAAGGCCAAAGCCAAGAAGAAGAUAGAAACAGCAACCCCACCAGAGACAGAUUCGGUCUAUUCUCUAGUGAAGCCAUACACAGUCCCCGCAGCAAGACCUGUUGAUGUGACCUAUGCUGAGGUUGAUCUCCAAAAGAAGAACAAAGCCAAGAAGAAGAGAGUAACCCCACCCGAGGCAGAUACAAUCUAUUCUCGAUUGAAGCCACGCUAAUGCCCCGGUCCUUGAGGGAGAUGGAGGGACACAUCAUCAGAGGAGCAGGAAAUACCUGGGAAUAUAGAUUAUUCACAUAUGCACGCACAGACACACAAGCACACCCACAGAUACACACACAUAAAGGAUUUAUAUAUAUAUCAACAAAUAUAUUUGAUUUAAUAUUGGUUUAACUGUGUAUAACUGCAACAGGUUUUGAAACAAUGAUAUGGUGUUAUGAUUAUUAUCUGUAGCUACAGCAAGUGUAUUGUGUAUUAAAUUGUGUAUUGAGUUGUUGUGUUGUAAAUCUA